CAAAAAAAUUUUUCGACAUUACUUAAUCUGAAUUUUGAUUGUUUUUUUUAUAUUUUGCAAUAUUUUGCUUUAUUUUUGAUCAAACAUUUAUUUUUCGAUUAUAUCAAUCAACAAUAAUCAUGUUAAAACGGUGUUGGGCACCUUGUUUUACACUUAAUUCAGGCUAUCUUGCGCUUGAAAAAGGAUCCAAAUUGAUUGCCUAUUAUACGGCAACAUUACAUAUCGUAUUCUUAUUCUAUGGCAUCUAUUUAUUAAUGGGAGGCCAAUCUGAUGCAUUCUUUUCACCAUUCUUUGAAUUUAGCCGUAAAGAUACGAAUAUUUUGGCAUUCCUAUUUAUUGCAUAUUGCAUUUUCUAUCUAAUAUUCUGUUCGAUCGGAUUGAUUCAUGCCAUUCAUACGGAAACACGUUUCUUCUUUCUUCCAUGGCUUUAUUUUUCUUUAUUCGAGAUUCUAUUUUUAUCAUCAUUUGGCUCAUUUCUACUUUAUCGCUAUUAUCAUAAUGAAUGGUCAUUAUUUGCAUUCAUCAUUAUAUGGGCCAUAGUUGGCUAUCAUUCCUAUUUAUAUACCAUUAUCCUGUCAUUUUAUUAUUAUAUUAAAAAACUUCAGGAACCUAAUUUCAUUGAAAUAUACAAUUAAAAGAAAAUCAUAUAAUCAUGAUCA